AUGGCGGCCCGACGAUAUAUCAACGCGACCGUGCUACGCGGUGUCCAGAUCUCGAAGUUGGCGAUAGCUCACGGGUCGAGGAAGGUGGUGGCUGGUCGGGGCGUUGAUCAUGGUGAUUUGGUAGUGUUUGUAGCUGACAUUGUGACAAAAUUAGAAUAUUGGAUUUGGAAAGAAAUUGUCCUGUUGUGGACAAUUGAUUAUAGAAAUGAAAGAGGUCAUGCCUUGAAGUGUAGCCAUUGCAUUCCUUUGCAGCUCCUGGACAACUCUCCUCUUCCUUAUGUUAUAUUUUGUCAUGGAAAUAGAAACGGCAUUUUCAGGAGCCAUAUGGAAUAUCUACUGGCAUCAUCAAGAUCCACCAACAUUGAGUGUCAUUAG